UUUUGUUGCGUCAACGUCAAGUGCGGCCAGGGGCCUCUCGCGCUUUCCUUCACGCCAGUUGCCUCCGGGAUCCCUCCGUAUCGUGUUCAGCUAAAGACUUGACCGGCGCGCGCCGUUCUUCGACGAACUGAUAAAGGAUCGGGUGCGAAUUCGCGAUUAAGCGAGGCUAUCGCCUGCGCGAGGCGUAUAUAUCAGUCCGCGAGACGACAAAGAGACCGAGCGAGAGACAGGGAGAGAAAGCGAAGGAGCUAGAAAGAGACAGAGCGCGUUGGGACGCGUUGGGAAUUUUUUCGACUCGCGUGUGUGUGUGAGAGAGAGAGAGAGAGAGCAAGAGUAGACGAGCUUAAAAAGGGCUUCAAGCGACAGAGCUGCGAAACCUACGCACCGAGGCGGAGUAAUAUGAGUAAUGCAGCCAACCAGAAUGGAUCAGGUCUAGAGCAGCAGCUAGCUGAUCUGGACUUGCAGGGCUCCCGCCAACCAAGUGGGGGCCGCUACGUUCCACCGCAUCUUCGUCAUAAAGUUGCGAGUGAGUACAGUAAUCCACCCGCCGAUUUGAAUUACUCUUCCAACUCAAGACCGUUUACUGACAGAGACAGAGGGGGAGAUCGCGAUCGCGACCGAGGAAGGGAUGAUCGCGAUAGGGCCGGAGGCGGUUAUCGGGACUCGCGGAGUCCUCGCGACGUCGAUUUCGCGAACUUCGGGAGCUUCGGUGGGCGCAAUAGGCGCAGUCAGGAAAAUGGAAGAGAUUAUAGAUACCCCAACGCCGAGCGCGAUCGACCAAUUAGCGGCAACGAUCGCUGGCAGGAGCCUGUUCGAAAUGAUCGUUGGCCGGACAACAGAAAUGACAGGAUGGGAGGUAGCGGCGGGAGAUGGGGCGAUGACAGAGGUGGCAGAGGCGGCAGAGGCGAAGUCGACUGGACGGUCCCAACUGCCAGGGAUGAGCGAGUGGAGCUGGAGCUGUUUGGUACUGGCAAUACUGGGAUCAACUUUAGCAAAUACGAGGAUAUCCCUGUUGAGGCUACCGGAGAUAACAUACCACCACACAUCACAUCUUUUGACGAGGUUAAGCUGACAGAGAUAAUAAAGAAUAGCAUCGCCUUGGCAGGAUAUGACAAGCCUACACCGGUACAGAAGUACGCGAUACCGAUCAUCAUCAAUCGCCGUGACGUGAUGGCCUGCGCUCAAACCGGGUCCGGUAAAACAGCAGCCUUCCUAGUGCCAAUACUGAAUCAGAUUUACGAGAGCGGGCCGCGACCGCCACCACCGCAAGCGAACUCCUCCGGCAGGCGUAAGCAGUAUCCGUUGGGUCUUGUGCUGGCCCCCACGAGAGAGCUCGCUACGCAGAUAUACGACGAAGCGCGGAAAUUCGCAUACCGAUCGCGUAUGCGCCCCGCGGUCGUAUACGGUGGUUCUAACAUAGUAGAUCAAAUGCGUGAGUUGGAUCGCGGUUGUCAUCUACUUGUGGCAACGCCUGGGCGUCUGGUGGACAUGUUGGGACGCGGUAAAAUUGGCUUGCAUAAUUGCCGAUUCUUGGUACUAGAUGAAGCAGAUCGCAUGUUGGAUAUGGGUUUCGAGCCGCAGAUAAGACGCAUUGUCCAGGAAGAUAAUAUGCCGCCGACUGGAGAGAGACAGACUCUCAUGUUCUCUGCCACUUUCCCGAAAGAGAUUCAAAUGUUAGCCAGAGAUUUUCUCAGCAACUACAUCUUCUUGGCGGUUGGUCGUGUGGGAUCGACUUCUGAGAAUAUUACACAGAAGAUUGUAUGGGUGGAAGAACAUGACAAACGUUCAUACCUACUUGAUUUGCUGCAGGCUAGCAACUUUGCAGAUCCUACUGCUGAGUCACUCACCCUAGUGUUCGUGGAGACUAAGAAAGGUGCCGACAUGCUCGAAGAAUACUUGGCCUCAAUGGGAUAUCCGGUUACCAGCAUUCACGGCGAUAGGACUCAACGCGAAAGAGAGGAAGCAUUGCGUCGCUUCCGCGCGGGCAAAGCGCCGAUCCUGGUCGCUACCGCAGUGGCAGCGCGUGGCCUCGACAUACCGCACGUUAAACACGUCAUUAAUUUUGAUUUGCCCGGCGACGUUGAGGAAUACGUUCAUCGUAUCGGUCGUACCGGACGUAUGGGCAAUUUAGGUCUGGCCACAUCAUUUUUCAACCAUAAGAAUCAUAAUCUGGUACGCGAUUUGGUAUCUCUGCUUAUCGAAGCCAAUCAGGACCUUCCACCUUGGCUGGAUGACAUGUUUAACGAAGCGAGAUAUUCCGGAGGUAGUUCUCGGCGACCAGGAGGUGGCGGCGGCGGCGGCGGUGGCGGCGGCGGUGGUGGUGGUGGCACCAAGGGACGCUUCGCUGGCGGCGGCUUUGGUGCAAGAGAUUAUCGUCAACAACCCAGUUCUGGGCCUGGUCGUAGUAAUGGGCCAUCUAGACCUGGUGGUUACGGAGGCGGUUAUUCAAAUUACGGAGGUAACUUUAAUUCAUCGUACAAUAAUUCCACUAAUAAUGGCAACAGCGGCGGCCCCGACUGGUGGGGAGGAUGGGACAAGUAGAUGAUUAUUUCCAUCUCUUUCUACUUCAUCAUAAUUAUUAUUACUCUACACGCAAAUUCAAUUAUAUGUAAGGAAGACACGACAUUAUUAUUAUGUCUGACACUACACGCACGUGUUUUGCGCGCGUAUACAUGUACACAUGCGCAGAGUACAGACAGUUUCACGUAUAAUACGUAUUCACGUUUUCGCUCGACUGCCUGUGCACUCCGAGUUUUUGGAUGAGAAGCAGAAAAAAAAGAAUACUUAUGUUUAAAUUCCACUAUAUUACAUUUGUUCGUGAGCGACAUUGACAAAUCCUGCGUGCAAUUUAGUAUUCGCGCCGGUGGAUCGCCGGAUGAUAUCUCAAAUGUGAAUGAUCUCACCAUAAAAAGAAAAGUGCGAGUAUGGUAAAUAGGAUUUGUUCGACACUUAUUAGUUAGAGAUCCAUCCAACAUUUCGUUGCCGUGCGUGCUGAGAAACACAAGUAGUAUAACCACUAACGAAUCAAAUCGGUAAGUCGUUAGUCCCUGUUCGGAGGGAAUAACGAUGUAACACAUAGUAGCUGAAGAAACUUAGUAAAAUUUUUUAGAACUCCUGUCGAGAUUAUAGGGGGCUCAUCGUAACUUUAUUAUUUACACAUUUUCUUUUCUUUUUUUCUUUUAUAGGGGGUACGGUGGGGCGUAUCUUCGGUAAUUAUAGCGUAAUAUAAACGUUUGACUGUUGUCAAAAGAACAUUUUUAAUGCACAAGUAUUUUAUUGCCUUUGCUACCAUAAUGGCCAGUAGAAGUCAUGCUGUUUCGUUCAAAUGGAUGGCAUAUAAUUCUUUAUUUAUACACGUGCACGUUUAUCGAUACGCCUAGGAUACGCCAAAUUACCGUCACCAUAGAUUACAUGAUGAUUCCUUAUUAUUAUUUUUUUUUCCUUAAUUUGCUGUAGUUCAGCGACGAAUGGUACUUUGUUGUUUUGCCGUCCCCAAAGAGAGACGAUAUUGCGCCGGCAAUAUAUGGUUUACUUGAAAUAAGCCACGUGAAUUUUUCGGGGAUCGACGGUUUUGAUAUUGUGAAAGAGAAAAAAUGGCAACACAGGCUACGUCUUAGGAUACCUUUAGAAAUCUCACAUUUUCAUUAUAGCCUGAUAUACGCAUUGAUAAUUUUAGAAAUUUUCAAGACGGCGUUCAUGCGAUUUACAAAGCCGGCAGUUAUUUUCAUAAGUUAUUCUCAUAACUUUGUUACAGUGAUACCUCGAUAUAUAUAUAUACGGCGGUUACAUAAUGUCGGAAAGGAAAGUUUCCACUUUUCGUCGUAAGAUUUUUUUUUGUUUAAAGAAACAAUCUUUCUGUCUUUUUUGAUAAAAUUAUUUGCCGUCUUUGCACUGUUUCUCUUCCAAGUGUUGUGAACGUUUGCAACGAGAGCCUUGAUGGCGAAAUUUUCCACAGAUGCCUAUAACGAAUAUGGAGGUUUCACUGUACAAACGCGGCUAGAUUAUGCUUUAGUGGAAAGAGCAGGUAUAUAUAAAUGUUUUAUGUACCUGAGCUUGUAGUUCUACAGACGGAACUGCGUUGAUCCCACGUAGAAGCGUGCUUCUCGAAUAGCAUUUCUAAACGUAACGGAGACGUUGCCCUGCGAAAUUGGUAUGGCGCUUUAUAAAAAGAAAAUCUUAGUCUGCAGUACCGAAUGCGAAUGUGUGAGUGCUCAUAUGGAAGAUAAAUUAUAUUGAGACAGAUUAAAAAAUACGGUUGCAGUUACAGAGGGGUAUUAAAAACAAAGAGCAAAGGGAGAGAUGCUUUUUGCAUUGACAUAGCGGGCUCUAUCUUCAUUAAGAAAAAAAAACAAAAUAACGGGAGGGGGGAAAGAUAGAAAGCAGCAUAAGCCUCUUGAGGGAGACACACGGGGUGCACUCAUGUUAUUUUCUAGCUGUAUUUAUCAGUAUGAUACGCGCGUUAUAUAUAUAAAUACAUAACACUAAAAUAAUUGAAAAACGACUGUGAUAUCGAACGAUCUUGUGACAUUCAAUUUCCACGCGAAUUGAUGAAACGAACAAUUAACGGGAUAACAAAUACAAAUAAAUGUGUAUUAAUUAAUCGGUAUUGAAUGUCGGGAAGGUGAACUAGCUCAGGUUGUUUGAGCUGAGAACAAGAAUAUUAAGUCGUUAAAACAGUUAACACAACACAAGACAACGUGGCUGUUGUCCGAUCGGGGAGGGCUGAACGCUAGGCUCUUGGCGGUCCCGGGGGACCUUUCUAGGGCAUUGUUUCUGCUUAAAGUAAACGCGCAUUAAACGAUAUAAUAGAUGACGCGAGCUUGCGAGUCAUUUACCGGUUGAAUGAUGACGUUGGGUAUAGGGCUUUGUAGGAUGUCGAUAUCGUUUUGUGCUAAAAAAAAAUAAAAGAAAAAAACGUCGGGUUCUUCGUCUAUCUAAUCUACUACGUGAGGGGAAAAAGUACAAAUUCGAUUUGCGUCACAACCGACAGGAUUUUUAGACAUGUCAUACUUAUACCUGUUAUAUUACUAGAUUUAAUAGUGCAAUUCGCGUGCGUGGAAUCGUAUGCCGUGUGACCGUGGACCAAGGUGUGAAUGCCUCUUUUACGAGAGGGAUCGAAUAAUUAUUUCAUCAUAGAGCAUUCAAAGGGGUUGGGGUAGCGUUUAACGAGGUAAAAAAAAAAAAAGAUAUCGUUGGCUUCCGACCGUUGGGUGCGAGUGUUCUCAAAUUUUUUAAUACGAUUCGUCAUCGAGGCUAUUAUCACGUCAGCUCUCGGAGGCCCCGCCAAGAACGUUACUUACGGAGAAUCCUUUCGCGGACGGCGAUAUCGUUCAUUCACGCCGUGCCGAUCUCUCGUGUACGGCAACGUGUAUAUCAUUUUCGUAGGGAAGACUCCGCGUCGGUUCCGAGACUGUUACGUACACGCAGGCUUCUCUUGCGUCUUCUUUCCUAUUUUAUUUUGUAUUAUUUUAUAAAAAGUGACGAAGGAAAAGGUAUCGGUAGAGUUCCCGAUUCCCACGGGGAGAAUUUGAAAUUUUGGCGAACAAAGGCAGAUUUGCGUAACGGAUCAAAUUUAAACAUACACGAUAAAAUAUUUUUUUUAUCGUUAACUCUUGGAUGCAUGAAAACGGGAUGGGACUUCGAGACCUUUUCUUUCUUCUUAGGUAAUUCUUUUGUCGAUAUCGUUCGCGAUUUGAAAAUUUAUCCCAUUAGGAGGCCACGCAUCCAAGGGUUAAAAGUUCAACUGUACGAUGCGUUUAGGCAUUUCGCGGACGCGGCGAUCGCGUGUCGCGCCCGCGUUUUUAAUCAGUCCCUAUUGCAUUUCGAAACGAACGCUUUUUUUUUCUUUUCCGACUUACAUGGUGGGCAGAGAGAGAGAGAGAGAGGGAUACAUUUCGAGCGGCCGGCGAUUACAACGUACGCCACUUCCGCGUGUUGUCCUCUUAACUUAAAUAAUUUUCCCUUCAACGUGACAGCGUCCACGAUCGGUAUAUCGAUCACCGAUUGGCAGAGAAACUUUCGCUUCGUUAUUUCUCCCGCGAUGACGUUAACGUCGAAACCUGAUUAUUGUCGAACGUUCCUGCAAGAUAGUCAAAAUGUCCACCGUGUAGUAAACCGACAUAAAUGUGUAUAAAAUUUAAACGUGCGGUACUAUGACUUCUUUUUUUUUCUUUUUUUUUUUUUUUUAAUAGCGUAUUAGCAUACUUAGGAGAAAUAGAGAACGAUAACUGCGAUUAUUAUUUAUUGAUCGAUUUAGUAUUUAUUUUCUACGUUUCGGAAGGUAAACAGUAAAUGUAUGUCUUCUGUACUGUACACGUUCUUUUCUCAUGUUUGGUCCUCUGAAGUAUAUCGGACGAGCAGCCUUAGGGGGAAAAAUAAAUAAAAGAAAACACUUUACGGAUUACAGUUAUAAAGAACGGAAUAUAUGAUCAGACGAAAGAUUAAUUUUAAAGAGUAUAGUGCGAGGGAAGAGAGAAAAGGUUGGGGUGAGAGAAGUGUGAGAAUGAGAGAGGGGCUAAUCGAACGAACACAGGCAUCAAAGGGAACGAGGGGAAAAAUAAAAAUAAUAAAAACAGAGGGAGAAGGGAAAA